UGCACGUGAUCGUCCGCCAUCAACAGGUCCGAUGCAUCUUGCACCACCAAAACAGCUUGUCCGGCGAACAUCGCACGCGCUUGAUCUCCCGAAACAAGAUGGUGUUGGAACUCCACGUCUGGGGGCCGGCAUUUUCCCUGCCGUCCAUCGACGCGCAAUGUCUGGCGACCAUUGCUUAUCUGUCGCUCGCCCUGCCCAAGGACGCGUGGGUGCUAGUCGCAAGUAGCGAUCCCUCGGUGUCUCCAACCAACGAACUCCCCGCCCUCCGCAAUGGCAACGCCUGGGUGUCCCGCUUCCGCAACAUAGUCGACUACCUCCGGCAAUACUCAACCGGCGACUGGGAUCUGGAUGCCGAUUUGACCGAACAAGAACGAGCGGAUAGCAUCGCAUUCACCUCCUUCCUGGACACGCAAUUCCCACCACUCCUUGCCCUCUCCCUCUAUGUCACCAGCCAAAACUACUACAACUCCGUCCUCCCCGCCUACUCAUCGCAGAUCCUCAGCUGGCCGUCCACGUGGCUGAUCCCACCGCAACUCCGCGCAGCGGCCAAACGCAGCUCCGACCACCUGGGCCUCUCGUCACUGGACCUGGUCGCGCUCGAAGAAGACCGCAAGCGCGAACACUCGGCCGCCGUCGCCGCCGGGCGCAUCCCGGCCUCCCUCCCGCUCCUCCGCACCCCGACCCCGAAGACCUCCGGCCUAGUGCCCAGCCACCGCUUCCGCGUUGAGGCCGUGACAGCCGCGGCCUUCGAGCCCGUUGCCGCGAUGCUGGGCCAUCAAGUCGACGACGACAACACCACCAUCACCACCACCAGCAACAGCAGCAAAGAAUACCUCCUCGGCGGCUCGCACCCGACAAGCGUAGACUGCCUUCUCCUAGGCUACGGGAGCCUCGCAGCACUGGGGCCGGCACACCUACAAGAUGCAUGGCUAUCGGAAGCGAUGCGACGCAAGGCACCAAAGCUGGAAGAGUGGGUACAGGGCCUGCAGCGCGUCUGCCUGGACCCCGCACAGAUGCCGUGGCGAGCCCCCGAGCGACCCCGCUGGCUGACCGUCGGCAACACGCUGUGGAACACCGUGGCGGACGCAACGCCCAUCUGGCGCGAUAUCCGCGCCAACACGCGGCUGCGCGAGGUCGCCCGCUCCCGGGACGCUGAUCUGUCGACUGAGGAGCGCACGGCGCUGGACGAGUAUGUCACCGGGUAUAAGAAGGAUGUGUGGUUGUCUGUGGCGGUCGUGGUGGGUGGCGCCGCGGCGUUGCUGGGGUAUAUGGCCCAUGUGGGGUUGUUGGGCAGUGUCGCUGGGGCGGGAGGACAUGAGGAAGAGGACGACGAGGACGACGAGGUGGUAGAGGCUGAGUUGCCGGGGGAGUUGAACGCGACGGAUUUCCUGUUCUGAGGUGGUGUCUAUAGAUUGUGAUAUGCGAUGGAUGUAUGGAUGUAUGUACUGUACGAUA